CCGCGGUCACACUACUUGAAAUUUCGUGAACAAUUUUUUAUCAAUUUCCUGAUGACAUAAACAAGUUGAAAGUGAAAGGAAACCGUCAAAACGUCGCGUUCGUGGCUUCGCUUUUAUUUCGGUCGCACUACCGUUCGAUCAAGAAACGGGAAUCCGUUCAGAAUGUGUGCCAGCGUCGUGCUUUCCCGCCAUGGCCAUGGCGCCCAACAACCAGCCCAGCAACAACAACAGCUGUUGCACCAGCAAGCUGCACUGCCUGCAGUGCGCCCAUGUAUGCUCAUCGAAGAUGAGGUUCACGGAGUUAUUGAACUGCCGAGCCACAUACAGGAGAUUGUGGAGCAUCCGCUGUUUCAACGCCUGAAGAAGGUUCAUCAACUGGGCCUAGUGCCGUGGGUAUUGGAGCCUCAUGCCAAUCAGAAACGCUACGACCACUGCUUGGGAACCUACAAAAGCGCCCAGGAUCAUAUGAGAGCCAUUGAGCGCAACACUAAAGUUAAGGCUAAGCUGCCCAAUUGGUGUCGAAUGGCCGUGGAGAUAGCAGCGCUCCUGCACGACAUUGGUCACGGACCGUUUUCGCAUGUCUGGGAAUCGGCUUGCCAACAGCAUUUCGAUCACGAGGAGAAUGCUUUGCACUGUGUGGAUCGCAUAUUCAAGGAUGCUCGCCACUCGGAGCUGGUAGCAUUGCGGGAUGAAGGCUGUGGCCGUGGAGUUCAGCUUAUAAAGGCAUUGAUAUUGGGCGACACUGAGUACCUAAAAUUUCCCAUGAUGGGGUUUGCCUAUAUCUUUGACAUUGUGCACAAUAAUCGCUGCGGCCUAGAUGUAGACAAGUGGGACUAUCUACGGCGCGACAAUAAACGCCUCAAACUACUCAGUCCUGCAGAGAUGGACUUUGAUAAGGUAUUCCUAAACGCCCGCAUUUCGCUGGAUGGCCAACGCAUUGAGUAUCGCUAUGAAGACUAUCACCGCAUCUAUGCUUUGUUUGAGGCACGCGGCCGACUCCAUGUGGAGGCCUAUCAGCAUCCCAGAAAUGCAGUCGCCGAACAGGUCUUUGCAGAUUUGGUGCAGCGUCUGGCGCCGCAACUGGUAGACCUGCGAUCCAAUGACGCAGGCUGGCUAAAUCUGGACGAUGAGCAUGUCCUGGAGCUAAUUCAAAAUGAUCCGAUGGCCGCCUAUUUCCGUGAACCAAAACGCGUUGUGGAACUACCAUUUUUAAAUCGUUCAGAUGCCAAAGUUGAAACCGUUUGCCGAAUAGUCGAGGCACCCGGCAAAGCCAUGAAGCCCGAUAACGCUUUCGCUUUUUAUGGCAGUAAGCGCAACAAGCGUCAAAUCAAUCGAUGUCUGACAGACACUUCGUUCAACAAGUGCUUUCAAUUAGAUUAAAAAUGCACCUCACACCCACACAAUCAUUCACAAUAAUUGCUAACAAGUUAGUGCCAUUUUUCGUUAUUGUUUAUCUUUCAUUUUGCCAUAACAACACGAUAUUCCAUUCAUUUAAGUCCGUUUUACAUUGAAUUAUGUUUUUGCCUAGUAUGUAUUUUUGUGUUACUCUUUUGUUGGUCAGUUUUGUUAGGGCCAGUUGCUGUUCAUUACCGAUCUGUAUUCGUAUUUCCCCGCAAAAGAGUCUCAAAGCCGAAGAUGUUCUUAG